ACAUCAAUCAGUUAGGUAAUUACUGAUUUACUCGUACAUUUGAUUCCUUAGUUAGGUGAAUUUGAUUUUGUUCUCUUCUGUUUGGUGUGAUUAAUUGUUACCUUGGAGCUUUCAUUGCUUCCUUCAACUUUACGUGACUUUCAAACCUAGCUUCCAAAUUAAAUUAAUCACGUUUGUUUUUAUUCCUUCCUUAAUUCUAAUUAUUAUUUUAUAAACUUUUACUGAAUUAAUUAAUUAAUUAAUUUAGCGUCAAACAUUUGUCAUUGGAUCUAAUUCUCUUGCUGUCUUCUAUAUAUAAUUUGAUCUUAUCACGGUUUGAUUAGAUCACAAGUGUUGGUAGGGUUUUACUUUGAAACUCUCAAUCAGGAAUUGAAAUUAAGAGGCGUUUGCAAUGGCAACUAAUGGAGAUCACCAAACAACAUCUAAGCAACCUCCCUUGCCAUCUCCACUGCGUUUCUCCAAAUUCUUUCAGUCGAACAUGAGAAUCCUAGUUACUGGAGGAGCUGGAUUCAUUGGUUCUCACCUUGUUGAUAGAUUGAUGGAAAAUGAAAAGAAUGAGGUCAUUGUUGCUGAUAACUACUUCACUGGAUCGAAGGACAACCUCAGAAAAUGGAUCGGUCAUCCAAGAUUUGAACUUAUCCGUCAUGAUGUCACUGAGCCUUUGAUGAUUGAGGUGGAUCAGAUCUACCAUCUCGCAUGCCCUGCAUCCCCUAUUUUCUACAAAUAUAAUCCUGUGAAGACAAUAAAGACAAAUGUGAUUGGCACUCUGAACAUGCUUGGGCUUGCAAAACGAGUUGGAGCAAGAAUUUUGCUUACAUCAACUUCGGAGGUAUAUGGUGAUCCUCUUGAGCAUCCUCAAACUGAGAACUAUUGGGGCAAUGUUAACCCUAUUGGAGUUCGUAGCUGCUAUGAUGAGGGGAAACGUGUGGCUGAGACUUUGAUGUUUGAUUAUCAUAGGCAGCAUGGAUUAGAAAUUCGCGUUGCGAGAAUCUUCAACACAUAUGGGCCGCGCAUGAAUAUCGAUGAUGGACGUGUUGUAAGCAACUUCAUUGCUCAAGCACUACGUGGUGAAUCCUUGACGGUCCAAUCUCCGGGAACGCAAACUCGCAGUUUCUGUUAUGUCUCUGACCUGGUUGAUGGUCUUAUCCGUCUCAUGGGAGGAUCGGACACCGGUCCAAUCAAUCUUGGAAACCCAGGUGAAUUCACAAUGCUUGAACUUGCUGAGACAGUGAAGGAGCUUAUUAAUCCAGAUGUGGAGAUUAAGAUAGUGGAGAACACUCCUGAUGAUCCAAGACAGAGAAAACCAGACAUUACUAAAGCAACUGAAGUGCUUGGCUGGGAACCAAAGGUCAAGCUGCGUGAUGGUCUUCCUCUUAUGGAAGGAGAUUUCCGUUUGAGGCUUGGAAUCGAGAAGAAUGCAUAACUUGUUUUAGCUCAUUUUAUUACAUGUCAAUAGAUAAUAAGUGGGGAUGCAUUGCUCUCAGUUUUCAAAUUUUUUACUUACAUAAUUAUGGUACUGAGGAAGUUAAGGUGCCUGAAAUUUUAGCUUCAAAAAGUAUCAGAGACCUCUAGCUCUCUUGUUUGACAAAACAAUACAGCAUGUCUGUCCAAUUUUUGCUGGUGGAAUUAUUAUUGAAUUUACAUUUAUCUAAAA